AUCGGCGUCUGACGAUGUGGUCAUACGAUGCAAUCAUGUCUCGCAGCGUCCAUGCCAAAGCCACAACACGCGUUAUCGCCAGACCCCAAGCCGCGCUCCGGGGUCAGUGUUAGGUCGUGUUACAAAGCGUCUCACAAUCCAUGUCCACGCAGUCAAGGAAACUUGUAUUUGCUCGAACUGGAUGCUGGAGCCAAUGCAUGGCCAAACGGCUGAUACUGUUCCAAUUUGGCGCUGCUUUCGACGACCCGACCUUCGGGAAUAUAACUCCAGUAGACCGUGACAGGCCAGUGAAAUACGUAGAGUACACUCGGUCAAAGUACAGUAUAAGUCUAUACGGUAGUGUGUCUCUUCAGUCGUCUCGCAUUACCCCAUCUACACCGUGUCCGGCAUUCCUGACAUACAUGAACGCCAUGAAGACAGUGGGUGCUGUGCAUACCCCAUCCACCUGCGCCGUUGCUCAAUGGAAAAGGAAGGCUAGAAUGGAACUCGGCUCACGACCUCCCACAAGCAUCGGUCAGCCCAGGCAACGCCAUGAACAGCGGUUCCCGCUCAGGCAUAUCGCUAAUAUCAGCAAACAUGAUACCCUCAGCCGGUCGUGUGAAGGCUGUCACUUCUUCCCCUACUAAGCGUAAGAGGACGAGAUUGCACCGGAUGUGCUCUCAGCGGAUGGUCACCCUGCGGCGGGUUGAAAUGCUCCCGCCGCUUGGCCUCGAUCCCAGUCUCGCUGCCGCGUCGGCCGUCUGGCACAUCGUUGCUCGCGUUAUGAGCGCGUGUCCAUUCGAUGAGACGGCGCCAGAACGUCUC